CGAGGCCCGCCCGAGCCGCUCCGCAGGCAGAGCCACCGGAGCAUGGCCGGGGCGCAGAGCUGCCGUCCCCCCGCGCCGGAUGAAGAUGUCAAACCAUUUACUCCUGAGAAAACCAAGGAAAUUGUGAUGUCUCUACAGCAACCUGCAGUCUUCUGUAACAUGGUUGGCAACUGGCCAGCCCUGCACUGGAAUGUCAAAUACCUUUCUGCUGUGUUGGAGGGAAAGACAGUCCAGUUUAGGCUGGGCCUGAAGACGGUGGAUUUAGUUCCCCAGUUUGAAACCAGUUGUAGCUACGUGGAAGCUACACUUGAGGAGUUUUUGGCUUGGAGUUGUGGGCAGCCUUCUUGUCUCUCUGGACCAUUCAGUUGUUAUGAUUACUCCAAAUACUGGGCUUAUGCUGACUACAAGUACAUUGCCAGGAUAUUUGAAGACAAGCCAGAAAUUUUCCAGGAUGUAAGGUGGUCUGACUUUGGUUUUCCUGGAAGAAGUGGAAAAGAGAGCACGCUGUGGAUUGGUUCUGAAGGAGCAAACACUCCCUGCCAUUUGGACUCCUACGGCUGCAACUUAGUGUUGCAAGUACAAGGAAGGAAGAGAUGGCACCUCUUCCCACCUGGUGACACCAGUUUCCUUUAUCCUACCAGAAUCCCUUAUGAGGAAUCCAGCAUAUUCAGCAAAGUCAACAUUGCCAACCCUGAUCUGAAACACUUUCCCGAGUUUAGGAACUCAACAGCCCAUGUUGUUACACUCAGUCCAGGACAGGUCCUGUUUGUUCCAAGGCACUGGUGGCACUAUGUGGAAUCCAUUGAUCCUGUGACUGUCAGCAUAAACUCUUGGAUUGAACUGGAUGCAGAUCAUGAAGCCCGUGUAGAAGAGGCAAUAACUCGAAUGCUGGUAUGCGCCAUAAAAUCAGCAGAAAAUCCCAGUGAUGGAGAUCUCUGGCUAAAUCCUACAGAGGUUGAGGCAACGUCCCAUGAAAUCAAUCUUCAGUACCUGAAUAAAGCAGUGUCUGCAUACCUCAAGUGCCAGGAGACAAGUGUGUCAGGGCAGGCACGUUCCAGCAGCACUGAUGCAAAGCAGAGGACAAACGCCUCAUGCAAGAGGAAGAGAAGGGAAGUUGGCUGUGAACCAGAGAGCUGCACAUUACUUACCCAGGAAUGUGACUUUCCAACACCCAAAGCAGAAGAGCUGCAGAAAAUACCUUUUGGCCCUCAUCUUAUUCAGGUUUUACCACAGUCUCACAAAACCAGCGUGAUGGGUACAGUUGCAGUUGAAAGUGACAGUGGAGAUCUUCUCCAUGAAAAUGAAGGAGAACAUUUUGGAAAAUUACAGUGCAAGAGGAAGAGAUUGCUAAUGAAUAAUGACUGUGAGACAGCUGCACAUCAAAUGGAUUCAGACUGCAGUCCAUGCACCUCACAAACAGCCCUUUCUACCAAUGACUUGUUAGACUGUCUGGUUAAUCCUCGUGUCAUCAGUUUAGUGGCUCAGCUGCUGUUGGAGAAAAUGAGAGUGUGAUGCUGGAGUGCUUUAUCAUUGCUGAAACAGAAAUCAAACAGCAGAAGUGUGUUUAAGAUCUGUAAUAAUUGAAUGUUCCAUUUCAAAUAAUUUUUAGGUACAGAUAGACACAGUUAAUGAUUAAGUGCAGGUUGAAGUUGAGCUGAAAGAAGAAUAGCUGGUUAGUGAUGGCUGGGAAGAGAAAGGUGUAUUCAGUCAGGGAGUUGCUCAAUGUUAUGAACAAGAGGGAGCACACACAGUCACACUGUGCAGGUGAGAUCUUCACAGUUUUCUACAGCUCUGAGCUGAAAAACAAGUAUGGCUUGAUGAUGGAUAACAGAGGGAGUGCUGGGACAUGGUCAUAGCAAAGGGUGACCAAGGGUGGGAGUAGAUGGAUUGACUGACUGCAGACUGCAGUCCUUGACUACAUUUAAAGUAAAAUGGUCAAUAAGCAAUCAGUUGAUUACAUUAGAAAUAAUAAAUUCAGGUAAGCCUAAACCUCAGCCAAGAGACACUGCACUCACUAAUGCAUCUACUUUUUCCCUUCCACUAAAUAACUUCAGUUGUGUCACAAAGCUCUAGGCUGGAGUGAGAUAAAAGCCCUUAGCAAGAAAGUAGUCUUUAGCUAGUUCAGAAACUCUUGAAGGUGGGAGAUUAAGGGCCAUUGGGAAGUUGCUGCUAUUACUUAUUUAAAGCCAGAUGUGCACAGUCCCCUAUCUAAGAAACAAAGCAACAAAACUAUGACUUUUUACCUCUGUCCUUCUCUUUACCAUAACAAUCAAAAUGUAUUAAUUCUUUUGUUUUGGUUGUAAAUGCUUGCUGUACAAGAUCAUCCUUUCUUCAAAGGAUAGUAAUCCUUGGAUUUGUUUUUGAAGGCUGGGUUGUUCUUCAAUUGAAAAAUUAGGGAACAUGAAAUAUAGGCAAGAGCUUUGUUAACUCUGAAGCUAUGCAUGGAGGCUUGAACAAAACCUGGGAAAAAAGCUGCUGGCAUCUUCCAGGAUGCUCUCACCUCCUCUGAUUUCUGUUUGUGGUGGCAACAGAGGCAUUUUUCCUAACUGCAGUUUCAAGAGACAGCUUCAGUUCCUGUGAACCCUUUGCUUUUAAAAUGUCUCUUUUCUUGUGUCUGGUAGAGACCAAGGAACCAGUUUCUAUCAUCAGCCUGUUCCCAUGGCUGUAAUCUUGCACCACCAGCCCUCCAGCUGGUGUUUCCAUUGCUUGGUGUGUGUUCCCUGCUAAAUACAUGAAGCUAGUGCUGUUUUCACAAAGAUCACCUUCCACUAAUUUAUAGCUGAAAAAUCCUGAUUGCAAAGGUGCUUUCUCUCCUUUUAUUCAGAUUGCAUGUUGGCAGGGCCCUGAUGAAUUAUGUUAAGGGCUUUAGAUAUGCACCAGUAGAUCAGAAAUUCAGGAAACCUUGCCAUUUCAAAAAUCUCCCCAAAAACCUAAUACACUUGGAAGAGGAUUAAGUUGAAAAGGCUCAAAGUUUCACAUUUAACAAGCACAGAAACCUUACCCUGAUGGAAACAGAGCUGUGUAUGUAGUUUGCUGGAGACCCUGGCUUUGAAGAGUGGCUGUGAGUUAGCAGCAGAGGCCACGCGAGCUCCAUCUCUGACCCACAAAUGUGCAGUUUCCAGUGUCCUGCUCUGCCCUGGUAAUUGGGCUCAGACCCUGAUAACACCUGUAUGAUCCUCAAGGGCAAGAUACAAUUCUCAGCAAUGUGAGAAAAUCCACUGUUGUUUUUUCAUGUUUCUACACCAAAGGGUCUCAGUGGGGUUGCACCUUUGCAACCAGACCAGAAUUUAAUAAACAAUCCUGUGGAUA